GCGCCGCCCGCGCUGCCUGAGGGGCGCCGCGGGGCCGCCGCCGCCACCCCGGCUGCCGGGCGCUGAUCGUCAUUUGACGUCAUUUCCGCAUGCGGGCCGGCGGCCUCUCCCGCCAGGUGCGCCCCGAGCAGACUCUAUGGUGAGGCGCCGGGCGUUGGGUGAGGGCAGACGGACCCGCGCGGCCCCGCCGGGCCCCGUGCCCCCGCUGCCCUCCGCCGCAGCCUCCGCCCGGGCGGCCUCCUGCCCCGCGAGACGGACGUCGCGGCAGCCAUGAGCGUGGCGGAGCGGCCUGAGGAGACGGCCGCGGCCAGCCGCAGGCGCUCGCUGGGUCCUAGUGAUGCAUCUCCAGAUGAAGGAGUAGUAGAAGAUCUGCCUUUAAUAGAUGAGAAAGCUGUAGAGCAGCUAACUGAAGGAUUGAUUUCUCAUUAUCUGCCUGAUCUUCAGCGAUCAAAAUCAGCACUACAGGAACUUACGCAGAAUCAAGUGGUAUUACUAGAAACAUUAGAACAAGAAAUCUCCAAAUUCAAAGAGUGUAACUCCAUUCUUGAUAUCAACGUUUUGUUUUCAGAAGCUAAACACUACCACAACAAAUUAGUGAACAUUAGAAAUGAAAUGAUGAUGCUCCAUGAGAAGACAUCAAAGUUAAAAAAAAGAGCACUUAAGCUGCAACAAAAGAGGCAGAAGGAGGAACUAGAACGAGAACAGCAACGUGAGAAGGAACUUGAAAGAGAGAAGCAGUUAACAGCAAAACCUGCUAGAAGGACGUGAAACAACUUGUCUGCUGAAAUAAUCAUUUCUGCAUUCUCUGAAAUUAAGGCAGACUUUGCUUAGCCUGGCCUAUAGCUGUUACUAGCAACAGUCUAUAUUAUAAAUUCCAGAAUUGUAAUAAUAGACUUGGUAACAUUCAGAUUUUGUCAUUUCAGCCAUUGAAGUUGCCUUCCUUUGUAAUGCUAUGCAGUUUGAUAUUAUUAUAAGUUAAUUUAUAUAUAUGUAUAUAGGAGAACUUAGGCAUCACAGUAUUGAAUACUUUUCAUUUGUUCUUGUGCUGGUAGAAUUCUGAGAGUUAUUUGGUGACUGGCAUACGUGUUUUUCAAACAAUAUACUAGUUAAAUUUCAGUUGUCAUCAUCAGACUUCACUCACUGCCUAUUUCACUGAAACUGCUUUGAUUUGAGCAGCUGGGAUCACUCUUUGGUUCCCUGGUUCAUAAAUAUUGACUUUUUGUGCAGCCUUGGUUUGGUCCAUCUCUAACAAACUGAAGAAACUUCCAUUGUCUUUGCCUAUAAACUAAUUGUAUUACAGCAGGCUUUUGGGUAUCAGGUAACUUAAAAACAGCUUUAAAAUAACUUCUGAGUAAGUUCCCAUUUGAAUUGUGUGUGAGGAGCAGAGCACUAAAAGUUAUCAACAUGGAUCUGUACACAAUGCAGAGAUUAAUGAAUUUGUACUUCCACAAACUUCUGAGUCAAAGCAGGGCACUGUUGCUUCCCUAAUGGUUCAACAGGAAGACUAUGUGGCCUAAGCAAUUGUUUGUGUGAUUAGAAGUGUAGUAUCUCUAUUUUGUGUGACAAAACAGAACCAAAACUAAACAACUUCCACUUGAUGUGAAAUUCAGUUACCAGUAGGAAAAGCUGCUGCAGGUAGGCUUUUUUUUUUCCUUAACAAAGUAUUUGUUUGCAUCUUGGGGCUGUGUAAGAGAAUUUUAUUAUUCUGGCCUCAGCCAAAUUGAUGCUCAUUAGUGUAUGCUGAUGAUGUGUGGAAUGGAGGUUGAUCUGCAUUUCCCUGAAUGUAAUUGCUUUCUUGCAGCACUUGGUGUGAACUUGCAUUCAAAUGAAUGUACAUGUUGUCUAGACUGGCAAAAGAGCUUUAAACUAUUUGUUCCUACAGUCUAACAAACUAGUUACUUUCUAUUUGUGUUGGUUUUAGGUAGUAAUAUAAGUGGUGUGUUUUGCACUAAGAUGAAGGGUAAGCUAUGUAAAGUUUUCCAUGAAAUACGUACAGUGAGGUAUCAGAGGGGCACAAUAAAUUUCCCUUUUUAUCCUUUUUAGAUGAUUUACUCAGUGUACACCUACCUGGACUCUUGUGAACUCCCAGUUUCCUGUUCGUAGUAUGUGUCUUUUUUGUGAAAGACAUGCUCUUAACGAGUAAUCCUCCAACAUGCAAGGUAAACUGAGAUCAUGUUUUGUGGCAAGGAGAGCAAACUACUUCAAAGUACUCUGAAGAGACACUGAAACACUGUUACUGAAGCAUAAUAGAUUAAAACUUUCCAUGGGUGUUUUUCCUUUAAGCUGAAUUGUGUCUAUUAAUUGCCAGUGGAUUAUUGACCGUGCUGUGCUUUGUAUGAAUUUCUAAAAGAAAUGUAAAGAAUUUCCACAGUCCUUUUUUGGAGCAGAAUGUACAUAAGUGAGUGCUGAUUAAAUAUUUUAUUUUGUAUUGUAAUUUCAAAAUUAGAUGCUGGGAAGUUAAACCUUUCUUAUUAAAGUAUAACAUGAAACCAGGUGCCUCGCUAUCCAAACUGGGGUUAAAUUCCGGUGGUGUUUCUUGAUUUGUGUUCCCUUAUCUAGAAUCCAACUACAGUUUGGAAUUGUGUUUGCACUCUUUGAAGAACUGUGGGUUUUUUUUCCAAAGAACUGCAGGCAUUUUUUGUGCUUGUUUCACAAACCGUGGCUACUGUUAGUGAAAAUAUAGAAGCCUAAGCAUAGAAACUGAUGCUUUUGCAGUUGCUUAUUUCAGUGUCUCUUUGGAUUAAUUUCUGAACAAAGGAAUAAAAGCUUGCAGGACUUGCCUGAGGAAUCGUGUACACACACAUAAAAAUAACUUUUCCCAUAGAAUUGUAGUAAAAUCUGGGUUUUGUAUGACUAAGGAACUAAUUUUACUAAAUGACCUUUCUGUAAUAAAGGGGGGAAAUAUGAAUUAACGUGUAUAGGAGGAAGUUUGGUCGGUUUACAUAAGUUCUUUUAUGAAUGAGCUCUUAAAUUAUUUCAAUCAGAGCUACAGUGCAUUAUCUCCAUAGGAGGAUGUUCUUCCAAAUGCUCUUCUUGUGUCUUAAAGUGUAAAAAGUAAAUGCCACAUUAGACAUUUCCUUACUAACUUACUGUUCCAUCCACAUGAGGAGACGCAGCUGGCUGCAUCCUUCUUAGAAACAGGUAAAAUGACAGCUUUAAAACAGGUGGGUUUUUCAGCAUUGUUUCAUACCCUGUGUCCUUGCUGUUUUUUAAGCUGUCAAGCCACGGCAGCAGGAGAUAGCUAACUGUGCAGUAACCCUUUGAAUUUUUAUUCUGUAAGGUUCUGCAAGUUGAGGAAUGACCACUGCUAAGUGAGGAGUCUUGGUUUCCUGUGCUUUCAUCUUUGCUGUUGUUAACCUGAUUGCUUCAUUUGGGUUCCCCCACCCAUAGCUGUACGGUUUUACGUGAGCCAGUUUUUAAUCUGGUGAAAUCUGGCUCUGUCACUAAUGGUGGUAGCUCUGCCAUGUUCAUAAGCCUUUUGGAAAAUGGCUACAGAAUAUUUUCUUUGGUUUUAUUCUGUGUGCUGUGAUCAUAGCAUGAAUAAUAAUAACAUAAAA